GCGUGCCAGACUCAAGUACGAGAGUGCCUACAAGAUUGUGAAUCCUGGCUCCGUCGACCAGUCCUCCUUGCACAAGACGCUGGAGGAUCUCCACAAGAAGGGGCAGGUCUGGCCCCCAGAGUGCGCCCUGAAGCUGGUGAAGCUGCGCGUCAAGCACGCACACGAGGUCGAGGACAUGGUUGACGCCAUCAUGCCACUGGGCCGCGAGGAGGAUGACUACAACGACGCCGUUGAGAAGGCCGAGGGCGAGGAGGAGCCAACCUUCGAUCCGUUGAAGCCGCGCCUGCGUGAUGUUCCUGCUGCUGAGCCUGCUGCCAUGGUGUCGAGGUUCAGAAGCGUGGUCUCCGAGUUCCUCGUGCAGCCGCUGAUCAAGGCAGGGAAGAACAACAAGUUGCUCAUCAGAUCCCUCCACCAUGAUAUCUCCCGAGUUCUCAAGGCCACCGACUGUGCCUUGCCAGGCAUCAGCGCAGAUGACGUUGCCAUCCUGAAGAAGGCAGUCGAUGAGCUGAUUACCAUCCUCAAGCUGCUGGAAGUCCUGGGUACGCCAUCCGUGGAGCACAUGGUCGGGGUGGACCCUACGACGACGAAGAAGUUCUUGGACGGGAGUUUGGCUGAAGCCUGGCUGCCUUCGAAACAAGACCUCGAGGACAGCAAAUUUUGGUCGCCGUUGCUGGUGCAGUUCCUGCGGCACAGGGCGGACGAGUUCGCCAUCGCCCCGAAGAUGGCAGCCUUGCUGGUUGAGCUCAGCACCGACACCAACGACGAGAACAGGUUCAGGGAGAUCGUGGCCGAGCUCAACCGCAUGACGAAGUUGUGCAGGCCGCUGUCUUGCGACAGCGGGUGGCACAAACUGUUUGAUAAUAUGGAGAGGUGGCUCGGCAAGAGCAUCUCCAACGCGAUGCCCGACGACGUCGAGAACAUGAAGGGCAUCGACAACUUCGUCGAGGAGAUCUGCAACGUCACUGCCUUCCCCGAGAACUCUUGGGUUGGGGAUAAGUUGGAUUCCAUGUGCCGCGUGUCCCUUGCGAAGCUGGAGGACAUGAAGAAGAUCGACAGCUCGAAGAGAAUGCUUGAUGCACUGGCCUCCUUCACUGCCAACCCAAACCUCGAGACGACGAACGUGCUGAAGAAAGUGAGCUACCAGAGGCACCUCCUCUUCACCGAUGCGGAGCAGGUGACCGCCGUGCGGGGGGCUUUGCACGCAGGCAACUCGUUUGCGAUGACAACGCUGGGGUCAUAUUCGUCUGCUGGUGGGCGUACUGCGGAGGAGUGGGUGAUGGCGUUGUCUCGGAUCAAAGACAUGAUGAACCUCUUGACGGGGAAGGUGUUUUCGUUCUUGUCCGAACCCGAGCCAGCCGACGAGGAGGCCGAGGUUUUGGGGGGCCUCAUCUUAGACAAGGCGACUCUCGUCACGUGCUUCCUCGAGCUCCAAGCUGAAGGUGAUGAUGCAGAACAGCAGGCGGCAUCCGAUCAGGGCAACGACUCGUGCGAGAACUUGUGGGCUUCUUACAAGUCCGACCGCAGCCAGCUUUGGAAGUCGCAGAUCGUCCUGGGCGCCAGCGAGAGCUGGAGCGACGCAGCCAUCCAGUCUAAGUAUUCCAAGUUCUUCAUGGUGGAGCCGAUGUCUGAGAGCGUAGCCGCGAACAUCCAGACGGCCCUGAGUGAGUACGCCUUGGCAGCACUGGCUUCGGAGGCGCAGGCGCUGAGCAAGGCGGUCGACCAGCGUUGCGGUGGCAUUCGGCGCCUCCUGCGAGGAGGCCUACUCGAUGGUGGCGACUACAGGGGCAACGAUCCCGCAGCGAGAGCGAGGAUGACCUACGAUGAGGUAGCUUCAGCGGCCGAGGAGACGCUGUUCUCUGCGAAGAUGAAGGGCUCGAACAAGAGGCUCUCGCAGACGCGCCAGACGGCGCGAGAGGCAUUGAAACACUACAAGAAGUCUGCGAGCGACCUGCACAUUGACUUCAGCUCGGAUGCGACGUUCGGCCCGCUUGAGAAGGCGGUCGUCGAGGGUGCGAGGGGCAUCGAUUCAAUUCUGGCUGGGCUCAAAAUCAUCCACAACAUUUCGAGGGAUAAGAAAACAAGCCUAGCUCAGCGCCAGAGCCGCGUGGAGGAAGAGCUCAACCGCGCAAGCAACAUGAUCGGAGACGUUCCUGAGAUACAGUUGCACGAGAGUGUGAAAACGAAGGCGCUUGAGUUCAUGAGGGCCUGA